UCCGAAAUCAUUUAAAACAACCGAAGACAUGGAAGAUACAUUUGUUUGCAACAAAUGUUUUGCGACAGCGAUCAGAGUAAAGAAGCCGUUUCAUUUGACGCAAUGUGGUCACAUUUACUGUAACGGAUGCAUAAAACAAGGCAAUAAUGAGCAACAUUAAACAUAUAACAAAUCCAAUGAUUAAUUUCUGUCAAACUCUCUCGUACUUUAUUCGUUAAUUAUUCUCUUCUAUAAUCUAGCUGAGAAAGAGUGUCCACAAUGUAAACAAGUAAAUGUAUUUACCGUGGAAUUACAAAAGCCGUUGUUAUCAAAAGUAGAAGAGUUAUUCGUUCCAUUGGGCGAAUCACUGGCUAUGUUAAACAGAGUAUACGGUUUUCAAAAUAAUCAAAAAACCAUUUUAAUACAACGUUUUCACGAAGUUGAUAAAAAAUAUGAUAUCUUGAAGUUAAAUUACUAUAAGUUGGUGCAAGACGCGAGCAAAUUGAAACAGAAGUACAUAAAUUUACAAAUGGAAGUGGUUGAACUGAAAAAGAAAUUAUUGUCUCACGACGUGCAAAAUAGAACAAUGCAUUCGAAUGAUACUGUCACGCCGGUUAAUGGUAUCAGAAACGGAUGUAAUCAAAUGAGGUACAAGCGCGUGUCUUACAAAUACAAAUCAAUGAAACAUUCGAUGAUUCGAUUCGCGGCUAUACUAAAUAUAUUUGUAGAAGUACAACAAGCCCGUAUUUCUCUUGCGGAACGAAUGGAACGAAUGAGUUAUUACACGAUUCAACAAGAAGCACGGAAAGCGGGCUCGCAAGAGGUUUCCAUAACUUUCGUAUUCCUAAUAAUCCUGAUUCCCGAUCAUCCGGUCCGUGCAGAAUGGGCGGAAUGUCAUCAGAUAGAUCAGACCGGUCGUCGGUCGUAA